AUGGAAGGAAUAGACCUUAAUGAAACUGUAACAAUUGAAGAUUGUAAUGAGGAUACCGGUGCAACUGAUAAGAACUCCAAUCCCCCUACCGUAGGUAUGUGCUUUUCAACGGGUCAAGAAUUUUUCGAUUUUUGUAAUAUGUAUGCGUUUAAGGAAGGUUUUGAGAUGUUUAUGAAAAGUAAUAAUUUGAAACAAGAGUAUAAGGCUAUUGGAGUGAAUAGGAAAGGUACUGGAGAUCUUGAGCCAAAGCCUCACAUGAUGGAAUUAAUAAGAUUAAAAUGUAAGAAGGGAGGCACGAACGUUGGGUCCAAUGUAACUGGUUGUAAAAUGUUCGUUUAUGGUAAAAUUAAAGACGAUAAAUUUACCAUAUUGAAGUGUGAGUUGGAACACAAUCAUGCUCUAAAUCCAGAUUGUAGUAGAAUGAUGGUUAACUAUACGAAUAUUGAUAGUACGACGUUUAAAAGAGAGAUGAUUAAUGACAUGGGUGGUGUUAGCAUUAGCAAAAACUAUGGUACUCAAUUGAUUGAAAAGGGUGGGUUUGACAAUAUCGCAUUCAACCAGAGGGACCUUAGGAAUGCGAUAAGUGUUGAACGUCGUAAGUCUAGGUUUAAGGAUUCUGAUGCAGCAGGAUUAGAUCAAUAUUUUAAAGCGCAACGGGAAUUGAAUUCUGAAUUUUAUUGCUCCAUCCAAAAAGACGAUGAAGGUGUAUUUACAAACGCAUUUUGGUCCGAUGCGCGAAGUAGAGGGACAUGCAAGUAUUUUGGAGAUGUAAUCACAUUCGAUACAACCUUUUCAUGCAACAAGUUCCGUAUGCCCUUUGCACCAUUUAUUGGUGUAAACCACCAUGAAAAGUCAAUUAUAUUUGCGGCAGCACUUAUAUCCCACGAAGAUGCGCUAACAUUUGUUUGGGUGUUCGAAGAAUUCCUGAAGUGUAUGGACUAUGUGUUAUGGCACAUGCUCCAAAAUGCUACGAAAGCGCUUGGUAGUCGUAAGGACUGGCCGAAGAUUGAUACCCUAAUACGUACUUCCAUACAUGAUUUGCUUGAUCCUGACGAGUUUGAUGAAGCAUGGUGUCAUGUGAUGGAAGAAUACCGUCUAAGCGGUCCUGAGUGGAUGAAGGAUGCAUACGAACUGAGGCGUCAGUGGGCUCCGGCGUACAACAGAGGAAAGUUUUGGGCUGGUAUGUCUUCUACACAAAGAAGUAAAGGUAUGAACCGAUUCUUCAAAACUCAUGUUAACUUAGAAUGCGGUUUGGUUUUGUUCAUUAAAAAUUAUGAGUGGUGCAUGAGGAUUAAAGCUGAGGAAGAGAAGCAGGAUAAUUAUGAUAGCAUUGAUAAGAUUCCCCGUCUUGAGCCGGAUAAGAGUGUGUUAGUUGAAUAUGUGCUGGUUAAGUCGUACACUAAUGAGAAGUUUGCGGAGGUGGUGGCAGAGCGUAAGGGGUUGAUGCACACUAAUGUCACUAAAAUCGAUGCUCUCGGGACCGUGUCAUUCUAUAGAGCAGAUGAGAAAUUGACAUCCCCAUUCUGGCGGAAAAGGUUCAAACAGUACAACGUCAAAGUGGAUAAGGUUAAGGGUGAAUUACAUUGCUCGUGCAACUUGUUUGAAUUCACGGGCAUACUAUGUAGGCACAUAUUGAAGGCAAUGGAUGUUGAAGAUUUUCAAGUUCUUCCUGAAAAAUACAUUUAA